CAGACGUCGCCGCGACAGGGCACAAGGCACGGCGCCACAUACGUGGCCGACGGGGGACCGAGCACACAACGCGCGACGCCCCCCUCUCCCCCCUCUUCCCAGCGCAGCGCCCCGACGCCCUGAGGAAUGAGGAGGCGAGGCCAGCAGUGAGGAUUACGACGCACACCCUCGUCGACGAGGGCGUGAGCGAGGAUGCCGACGGACCAUGAGGGGCAUGCCCUGCAGGACGGCGCCGCGGGAGCGACAACGACGGCGACGAGGGAAGUGACAGCGCCCUAGUGCGGUCCUGGUGGGGUCCUGGACGUCCUGGGCACACGCCCAGUGAAUGCAUCAGCCGACGACCGGGCGACGCGCACGGCGUGAGUUUGGCGCCCCCGAGCCUCGUGCUCGUGCUGCCAGUGCCGUGGGCGCUAGCCGCGCUAGCGCACUCCGUCGACUCGGUCCCCGCGAGAGCAAAGUGCGAACAGUGCCGGAGCGAACAGCAGCGAACAGUGCGAGGAGCCCGACUCGCUGGCCGGACGGAAUCGAAGCGGGUCACAUAGCAAGCCAAGUCGCAGCGCGCCGAGGCAGUAGCGCCAGCGCGCCAGUGUGUGUUUGUGUGUGUAUGUGCUUCCCGUCCAAUCUGAGCCACGCCGAUUACGACGAGGUUGGAGCGGAGCUGAAGCAGCCCGAGUCCGAGGCCCGCACGGGCCCGCAUCGAGCCGUCGGCAUGGUGCCACCGCGGUAGAGGACGCAGUCACGUCGCCGUCAGCCACUGGACAACAAUAACAACAAAACCAUCAACAUCAACAACCAGCAGAAAGACAGUCAGUCGGGAUGUGCGCGACGCUCCACGUCCUGUGGAGCCUGGUGUACAUCGGGUGCGGCGCCAUCCAGCUGGUGGUGGGCAUCUUCUUCCUGGCCGCCAACCCCAAGUUCGAGACGCCGUUCCUCCGCCUGGGCUCCAACGUGGUCACGGGAGGAUGGAACGUGGUGGUGGGUGUGAGCGGCGCGCUGGUGGCGUGCGUGGGGCCCAUGUCCUCACCAGGCCGGCACGAGGCGCUGCUGUACCUGGCCAUCAGCGUGCUGGCCUUCAACGCCGUCAACCUGGCCGUGCUGGAGCUGGUCGAGUGGAAGAUGCUCUUCACCCCGGAGCACGUUGAGUACGCCGAGCGGCAGAAGAUUACCGAGCUGCUUAUGUAUGCACACCUCAGCACGAGCGCGGCCGCCGCCAUCGCCAUGGUGGUGGCGUUCCUGGACUCGCAGCUCACGUUCUGCUCGCUGCAGCACGCCGUCAAGCGCCGCCUGCAGCGCCGCCGCUCCGUCAACAAGGCCCACAGCCACCACGGGCACCACGGCCACCACCACCACGACCACAGCGCGGACAGCGAGUACAUCAUCCUGCCGCGCGUGCGGCCCUCCACCAAGGGCGGCUACGAGCAGUACACGCGCUCCUGGGUCUUCGACGUGGACGGCAACGGCCCGAACGGCGCCGGCGGAGGCGGGGGCGGUAGUGGCGGUGCCGGCAACUCCAGCGCGCGCUACCAGCAGCUAGACAGCCACAGCCACGCCGACAAGUGCAGGGAUGCGGCGGCCGCGGCCGUGGCCGCUGCCGAGGGCAGGUCCGCGUCGAGCAGGUCCUCGUCGCAGCGCGGCGAUACGUACACGAUCGCGGACGUGAAGGCCCUGCGCACGGCCAUCGCCAACGGGUGCCCGCCGCCCGACUCGUCGCCCGGCCAGGGCGGGCCCAGCGGCAGCAAGCAGUACAACCGGCAGCAGAAGCACAAGGAGCUGAUGCGCGAGCGCGAGCACCAGAAGCAGUUGCGGGAGCAGCAGCAGUUCCAGCAGAGGCAGCAGCGCGGCGACGGCGGCGGCCGCCAACGGCCCAGCUCCACCGGCUCGGCGGCCAGCUCUACCGGCGCCGGAGGGGCGUCGCCCGCCACGCGCCACCACGCCCCGCAGCAGCAGCAGCACGCCGCGCACGCCGCCAAGGCGCAGCCCGUCCCCGUCAUCGAGGAGAGCCCGCCCAGCGGCAGGAGCCCCGACAGCCCCGCCGUGGACAGCGAGGAGAGCCGCAGCCCCGACAGCGGCGAGCAGGCCGAGCAGGAAGGGGCUGGCUACCACUCGCUCAUGAGCGAGCUGACGCAGGUGAUCCGGAAGAAGCCCAGCCCCAAGGACGACACUUCGUCCGCCGACUUCAACCGCGAGCUGGAGGCCGCGCUGCAGGACAUCCACGACCUGGACUCGUCCACGGGGGGCACGCUGGUGGCGUCGUCCGCCGCCAGCAGCUCGGCAGCGCCGCCCCCGCCCGCCCCCGACUGGGGCGACAGCGACGACGAGAGCAGCGCGUCGAGCCGGACCGUCGGUAAGCGUCGCUCGCACCCGCGGCUGGGGCGCGCCUUCGCGAUCCCCGUGCCGCCCCCGGUGCCGCCCCCGCACGCCGGCGGUACGCUGCGAGGCACGCUGCGCUCCACGCAGACGGGUACCUUGACGAGCACGCUGCGGCGCCAGUGGGACCGCGAGUGGCAGCAACAGCAGCAGCAAGACCACCGGGAGGAACAGCAGGAGCAGCAGCGUGUCUUGACGCGCACGCCGUCCCCAGAGCUGCCCCCACCGCCUCCACCGCCCCCGGUCCCGCACUCCCCCGUGCGAAGCAAGACGGUCGUGACCAUCUGCGACGGCGACAUGGUCGUCAGGGAGAUGAACAAUAACGACGUCAUGUUGGUGCCCGUGGUGAUGCCUCCCGAGCUCCACGAGCUCGACGCCCCCGUCCUGGUGCUGGGCGCUGGUGGCGCUGGUGGCGCUGGCCCCGGGAGGGACACGCCGUCGCCGCCCCCGUCCCCAACCCCUUCCCCGUCCCGCUCCCUCUCCCCCGAGGCACCACUGCCCCCGCCCCCGGUGACUGUGGACCCUGCCGUCGAGGACGACGUCGACGAGCGGGUUGGCCAGGGCUGCUCCAUGGGCAGCGUGGGCCGCCUGGGCGGACUGUCCCUGCUCCGCAAGGGCAAGACCCGGCGGAGGGCCAGCAACGGCUGUGCCGUGCGGCUGAGCCAGGAGCUGCAGGGCGCCGUGCUGCAGUCCGAGAGUCUAGUGUUCCUUAGCGACAGCGAGCUGGUGGCGAGGCACGAGAGGAACCGCCGCGUGCAGCGGGAAAUUGAGCAACGAGUCCAGCAGCAGAUAUCGGGACACUCUGGAGGAGACUCGCUCUGUUAGGGUCGACCUGAAAUCAAGAUGAGAUUCGGUGCCAUAUCCCUUUAUGCUAGUCCAGAUUUAUUUGUGUAUGGCCUUAUAUUUGGGUCAUACUGUGUCAUCUUAUUAAUUUAAAAUGCAGUGAUAGUGACUUUCUGCCAAAAAUUAUGUUUAAAUCAUCAGUAUUUCAAAAUGUGAGGCUUCCUUCAGAAGACUGAGUUUGAAAGCUUCAUUGUGGAUUUUAAAUGCUCACUCGGUCGAGCAUUUACUGUAUAUUCUACUAUUAAGUUGAUGCAAUGAUUUCAUGAGAUUUGAGUAGUUAGACCAAAGGGCUUUUACGCCCCAAAAAUAAAUUUUCCAUCCUAUGAAUCCAUUUUUUGUUGUUGUGAAAUAUUGAUUCAUUGACUGGAUUUCCUAGUGAAUGAUUAAAGGAAUGUAUAGUAUGAUUUUCUUUUUGUUAAUUUAAGUAAGAGAAAGACAUGUUAAGACUAUACAAUUUGUGCCUAUUGUUUGUGAACUUUCAAUUCCUGGGCUGAACAGGUCUACUUCAGAAACUGUUCUAACUGGUCAUUAGUUAGUCUUUUCAUCUAUAACUUUUUCUUUGGUUGGUUUCUAAUUCAUAAAAAUAAAGAUCUUUAAGCAGUAUUAGAACCGAGCUAGGGAACACAUUCCAUUUCAGAGUUUACAGUUGGUCAAACACUUCUGUUUUCUAGAAGGAAAUAAGCCCCAGCUGAAACAUGAGUGAUUCAAAGAGUGCUUUCAAGCAAAUCUGAGUCAAAUAGGUCAGAAUAUCGCCAUACUCCAGUGAUUGAAGGGUUUGUGUUCAAUAAUGAAGCAUGCGCUGUGGAGGGAUGGGGCCAAAAAGUGGAGUGUUUUGAUAAAGAUAAAAAGAGCAUUGUGAUACCUGCUAGUCUCCACAUGUUAGCGAUUAUCUAUUGCCUUCAAAACUGUGAAAAGCCAAAAUGGUUAACUGUUAUGAAAUUCUUGAAUUAAAUUAUGUGUGUUAAUCCGUAGGUGAUAAUUUUUCAUUGAUAAGCCGUAUCUGUAACAACGUCUUAGCACCAACACAAACCAAACACAAGUCAGAAGAGGAUAUUUUAAAACCAACACAGGUCAAGUCAUCCAGUCAAUAUAUAAUUACAAAAUAAUGACUAUUGAGGCCGCGAGGCCCAGUCCCAAAAAUUCAGCAAUAUUUCUUUAGCUGUUUCCUUCUACUUUCUGUGAAUUCAAACACAAAUGUGAAACACAGUUACUUAUUUUGGCUUCUUCUACGAUGUAAUUCAUUUAAAUCUUAAAUGUGCCAACUACAAAUGAUCUAUAUUUAUGACUCUGUACAAUAUGUAUAAUAUUGAAACUAUUAAAUGAAUCUAGAUUUUUUUAAA